AUGUCGGGUUUAUCAAGGCAGCAAUACGUGCAACAACCGCAAAUGAUGCUGCAACCAGAACAGCAAUUACAAGCAGCCCAGCAGCAACCUCAAAUUGAAUCACAAGUGCAAAGAAUUCAACAAUAUUCAAUGGCACAACAAGUACAAACAGAGCAACAGCAACCAUCAUUGGGACAGCAGAUGUACAUGCAGUCACAAUCAAUGUCACAAUCUUAUCCCAUACAGCAAUCACACAUACAAAUAACUUAUCAGAAACAAGCUGCACAACAAAGUUGCUGCUACUCUUGCUGCUGCAGUAGACCUAGAAUUUUGUCGAACCAAAUGCAUUCCGUCAACUUUAAACUUGGUAUUUGCAUGCUGAUUGUUGGCGUAACUUCGCUGUACAUCAUCAAUGGUGCUCUGGCAACAGCAGCAAUUCGAAACAAAACCAACAUUCACCUGAAUAUACCUGCUGUCCAGUUUUAUAAUCAGCCGGAAGUUGCUCUACCACCAAGGUUGAUGCAAGCAGGAACGGCCUAUCCUUCUCCAGUCUAUAGGAAAGACGAACAAAUAACGCCGACUGCAUACAAUCCAGGUAAUGUAGAAGCCAUGUCUAAACCAAUUCCACAAGAGCUGCCUCAAUACUCUAGUGUUGUAAAUCGGUAA